UGAGAAGGCGAGCGCGCGCAGGAAGGUGAGGAGAGAGAGAGAGAGAGGGGGAGGGAGGGAGAGAAAGAAGUAAAGAACUCAACGUGAAGAAAGCCAGCAGCAGCAGCUGGCCAAUCCCAUUUGUCUUCCUCAUGAUUCAUCACAGAUCUCUCGCCCCUCUCUCUCUAUUAACGAGCAUUAGGAAUACCCAUUUAAUCUCUGUACAUAUCUAUAUAGAUAAUAUAUAUAUAUAUAUAUAUACACACACACACACACACACACACACACCUUCCUCUCUCCACAAUCUUCCUUCUCUAUGGUUAAUAGUUGUUCCGAAAGAUCCUAAAUUUCGAGACAACACAAUAAAAUGGGCUGUUGCCAAUCCUCGUUUUUCUAUGUAAAGGACCACCGCCCCGCCCGAAACCGCGCUCUUCCCUCCAACAGUGGCGACGUUCUCCCGGCCUUCUCGGAAUUCUCUCUCUCCGACCUGAAAUCCGCCACCAACAACUUCGCCUCCGAACACAUCGUCUCUGAGGUCGGCCGUAACGCCCCUAACGUCGUCUACAAGGGCCGCCUCCACAACCGGCACUGGAUCGCCGUCAAGAAAUUCACCACAAUUGCCUGGCCUGACCCCAAACAAUUCGCCGAGGACGCGUGGGGCGUUGGGAAGUUAAGGCACAAGAGGAUCGCCAAGUUGAUAGGUUACUGCUGUGACGGCGAUGAGAGGCUUCUAGUGGCCGAGUACAUGCCCAAUGAUACCUUGGCUAAACACCUGUUUCACUGGGAGAACCAAACUAUUAAGUGGGCCAUGCGUCUAAGAGUUGCUCUAUACAUUGCCGAAGCAUUGGAUUAUUGUAGAGCCGAAGGCCAUCCACUGUACAAUGACUUGAGCGCAUAUGGGGUUCUCUUUGACGAGAAUGGUGAUCCCCGGCUUUCAUGUUUUGGCCUGAUGGAAAACAGCAGGGAUGGAGUUGGAAUGCUGGAGUGUAACAGAAAUGGAAUGAUCACUCCAGAAAGUGUUGUCUUCAGCUUUGGGACUGUGCUUUUGGAUCUUCUCAGCGGGAAGCAUAUUCCACCCAAUCAUGCUCUUGAUAUGAUACGUGGCAAAAACAUUCUUCCACUGAUGGACUCACAUUUGGAGGGGAACUUUUCAACUGAACAAGCUACUGUGGUUUCUGACCUGGCCUCACAAUGUCUGCAAUACGAACCUAGAGAGCGUCCAAGUACCAAGGACCUGGUUGCAACACUAGUCCCACUGCAAAAUGAAGCUGACGUUCCAUCUUAUGUGCUGCUGGGAAUUCCAAAGCACGAGGAAGCACCACCUAAGCCGCAGCCUCCUCUUUCUUCUAUGGGUGAUGCCUGUUCAAGAAUGGACCUCACAGCCAUUCAUCAGAUAUUGGUGAUGACACACUAUAGGGAUGACGAAGGAACCAAUGAGCUAUCAUUUCAAGAGUGGACCCAACAGAUGAGAGAUAUGCUGGAUGCGAGGAAACGUGGGGACUUGGCAUUUCGUGACAAAGAUUUCAAGAAUGCCAUAGACUGUUAUUCUCAGUUCGUUGAUGUGGGAAGCAUGGUUUCCCCAACUGUAUUUGCGCGAAGGAGUCUUUGCUUUCUUCUAUGUGACCAACCAGACUCAGCCCUCCGAGAUGCAAUGCAAGCACAAUGUGUCUACCCAGACUGGUCCACUGCUUUUUACAUGCAGUCUGUUGCCCUUGCAAAGCUGGACAUGCACAAAGAUGCCGCUGACAUGUUGAGCGAGGCUUCUGCACUAGAAGAAAAAAGGCUACGAGGUUGUAGAGGGCCUUGAAAAACUCCCCAUGUACAUGUGUGUUUUUUGUAAUGUAAUUCUUCUUGUAAGCGAAAUUCAUUGGGUUUUUAUGUAACAAUUUUGUAUGGGCUCUUGUGCUGGUUGUCUAAAGAUGUGCCAUAGAGGGGAAAUGCGCUGGUUUUUUGGUACUACAUUUAAUAUUAAUAUUAUUUAUUUCCUGAUAUUGUUUAUGUCAACUUUUGCUUUA